UUAACGUAUAAACCUGUGUAUAGAUUUUUAUUCUCGAACUAGCGGAAUGUGUAAACGGUCAUUGUUUCUGAUGAAUUUGCCUAGUGCUGAGAUUACGAGUUUUUAUUGAAGUUUUAAUCUUCUAGAGUUCAGUGUUUGACGGUGUUUUGUGUGGUGUAUUUUAUUUUAUGUUGGAUUGCGAAUUAAGAAUGGAUCCUCAUUCAAGAACACCGCCAAUUUUUGUACCUAUAGCUCCGUUCAUUUGGCCUCCACCGAGUAUUUUGUUUUCUUAUUCUUCAUCACUGUUCCAAAAAAAAUAUCUAGAUGGACUUUUAGACAAAAAGAGCAAUUACAACAUCGAAAGCCUGUCCAAAUGUGAAGUUACAGAUGACGAGAGACCUUUGAACCUAUCUGUUAAGCAGAAAAAAUCUAGUGAUAUAUGGUCUCCUGCUGUAAUAUGUGAACGAGAAGACAAUGCUGAGCAAAAGUUACCAUUCAAGCAAUCAACACAAAAUGAGAAAACCUUUCAAUGUAAGCAGUGUGGAAAAAUAUUCAAACGUUCGUCUACAUUAUCAACUCAUCUGCUAAUUCACUCGGAUACCAGACCAUACCCUUGUGAAUUCUGUGGUAAAAGAUUUCACCAAAAAUCAGACAUGAAAAAGCAUACCUAUAUUCACACAGGCGAAAAACCUCAUAAAUGCGUCAUAUGUGCGAAAGCCUUCAGCCAAUCUUCUAAUUUGAUAACACACUUGAGAAAACAUACCGGCUAUCGACCAUUUUCCUGCGGUCUAUGUGAUAAAGCUUUUCAAAGGAAAGUUGACCUUCGAAGACAUCGUGAAGGUCAACAUCCCGGAUCACCUUCUCAGCAAUGUCAAAUCACUAGUACGACGUCGAUUAGUUUUUCAAAAUCUGUUCACGUCGAACUGAAUUCUUCGAAAUGAACGUCAUGCUACUCGAAUCUGCAAAUUGAAAAAAAAAGUAUGGUAGAUGAGGAUGACGUAUGAAAAGUAAUGAAUCAUUUCGCAUGUCGUUGUGUAGUUUUUCAUACUUGUUGUCUGCCAACAUUCUUUUUUUUUUAAUGUGGAAAAAUUACGACAUACUGAUUUCUAAUUACGACUUCUGGUUACCAGCUGUCCAAAGUAUCGUUGAAUUUUUUUUUCUUCUACUGAUUUUCGAAAAUCUGUUGCAAGUCUUGACGUUUAGUCUACGGCGGUUGUUGAAAAUUCAUUUAUAAUGAAGCAUACAGCCGCAAGUUUCUUUUCUUUCUGUUUUUUUGACGUAGAGCAGACACCACGUUUGUUGUUUAAUUCGAAUAAUUAUAUUGAUAAGGUUUGUGUUAUUUAUCGUUUGUAUGUAUUUGAAUAUAUGUCAUCUUUGUUUCAAUA